GGGGCACCAUAAUUUCUUAAGAAGACUCUUCACCCUUCGCCAAUAUACUAAACUUUCUAGAUUCAUCUAUUACAAUCCAGAGAGAAUCGUAGUUUCCAUCUCGCAAUUUCAAGCUGUUUUCACCUGAAUAGUUUGGGGAAAACAGAGCACGAGUUACGAGUUGUGUGGGGGGUUUAUUAAUUAUUUGUUGAUUGAAGGUCGAUUCGUAAGAGGAAUUGAGUUUUAGGGUUUGAGAUUGGGGAAUUCUGUAGUUUAAAUUAAGGAAGAUUUGAUUUGUUUGAUGGGAAUUGGUUGGAGCAGGGGAAGGAAGGGAGGGACAUGAGGAAGUCUUUCAAGGAUUCCCUUAAAGCCCUUGAAGCUGAUAUUCAACAUGCCAAUACUCUGGCAUCAGAUUAUCCAAGAGAAUACGAUGGUGGUUGCCUUCAGAUGAGAUUGUCAUACAGCCCAUGUGCUCAGUUCUUUCUGUUCUUUGUCCAAUGGAGCGACUGUCAUCUUGCUGGUUCCCUUGGUUUACUCAGAAUUCUUGUUUAUAAGGCAUACGAGGAUGGCAAGACAAGCAUGUAUAUUCACGAGCGCAAAGCUACUCUAAGAGAAUUCUAUGGUGUUAUAUUUCCGUCUCUACUGCAACUUCAAAGGGGAAUCACUGAUAUCGAAGAUAGGAAACAGAAGGAGUUUUGUGCAUCAAAGUAUCGAAGAACUGAUGAGAUGAACAAAGGGAAACUAUCUGAAAUCGACAUGGAGCGUGAGGAAGAAUGUGGGAUCUGCUUAGAGUUGAACACCAAGGUUGUCUUGCCCGAUUGCAACCAUUCAUUGUGCAUGAAGUGCUACACAAAUUGGUGUGCUCGAUCUCAAUCAUGCCCGUUCUGCCGUGAAAGUUUAAAACGGGUAAACUCAUGUGACCUAUGGAUCUACACUUGUCGUUAUGAAGUCAUCAAUUUACCAGCAAUUGCCAAGGAGAAUUUGAGGAGACUUGUUAUGUACAUCCAGAAGUUGCCUCUCAUCAUUGUGGAUCCUAUUACUAUCUCUUAUGACCCUCGUUACCGGUGAAGGCGCUGCAGUUUCUGUACAGACGACGUCUAUUUGUACAUAUAAUUACCGUUUGAUUUGGACUUUUGAUCGUCUCCCGGUCAAAAGAAGAACGAUAUAUUAUAGGUUCUUAUUGUGGUGGAAGUUGUACAUUGUUUUGGAUUUGAAGGGUUUUUUCUUUUUUAAGUUGUAGAUAGGCUUGGUUUGUAAAAUAUAUUUCUUUGGGUUUGAUACAUUUGAAUACACUUGGGAAUUGAA